GGAUGAUCAGCAGAUAACUCUGGAACACUUUUCAAACAGACACUGGUUUUAUGAAAAUGAGAUGCUCUUUAAAGAAAAUCUUGAAAGGCCCCAAGAGUACUCUUAAUUCAUCAGCCAGGCGUUUAUCUUAUUUCUCCAGCUUCCUUUGAGACGGGGCAUUAAAGACUUUGUUGCGCUUGGGGAGUGAGUAAUAUUUCUUACGUGACAUCUUGAAACUGUACGGCUGUUUACUGGAGGAAGAGAGAAAUGUGUUCAGUGCCAAAUGAAAUGAUGGUAUGUUGUAUGCCGUGAGGGGAAGAGUGUGUCUGGACCAAAAGUGCGGCGAGGACUGCAGAAAUGUUUACAGGGUGUGGAGUUGUCUGUGGCCAGAACCAGUAUAUGACCAACAACGCUAUAAAGCCUCAACCAGGACCGGAGGUAAAUAGACCGAUUCAAUUUGACAACGGUUUAAACCAAGGGACUUGCCCGAUCAUCCAGGGUCAAACUUACACAAAUUCUGUGACGCAGACAGCAGUGUUUAAUGGCGUUUCUAACCUGCCAAAACCCGCUCCACUAUUGGUCUCCCCUCCAGCAAUUAAACUGGGACAGGACGGAUUCAAAAAAGUUUGCCGUACUGAGGAGGAGAGCCCCUGUCCUUUCCCAGGUCUGCCUUCUGGGGUACUGGAGAUGCGUGUGAAAGAAGGGAGCAAGAUUCGCAACCUAAUGGGAUUUGCAAUGGCACGAAUGCAAGGCGAAGCGGCUGGAAGUGGGGAAGGUGCGGGCGGCGCUGGUCUCAGGCAGGUGGUCUUCACUGGGUCAGGUCGAGCAGUCACAAAGACCAUCACCUGUGCUGAGAUCAUGAAACGAAAAGUGGGCUGUCUGCACCAGCUGACCAAACUGCAGUACAAAGUGGUGAAAGAGGUGUGGGAGAGUAACCAGGGAGGGACAUCUGAGAUGACGGUGCACAGGACUGUUCCGUCCAUCAGCAUCCUUCUUUCAAAAGACCCUCUGGACCCACAGGAACCAGGCUAUCAGCCUCCAGAGGCUUUGAGUGCAUUGUGGGAGGACAGAGAGGGGGUUGAACCUGCUGCACAAACAACAUGCAAAAGAGCUCUCGGAUCUUUACCACACAGCAGUUUCUCUCACCCUAAAAAACUGUGUUUGGGGCGAGGGAGUCUCAAUCCUUCCUCCUCGCUGUCCAGCUGAACCAGUUUUACAGUGGAGAGGAUUGAAUCAGCGAAGUUCAUUAUUUCUCUGCUCUCCACUCCCAGCACAAUGCUGAGACAAUCAGAACAUUCACUCAGUCAGAACAGUGAUUUCUUAGAUGAACUGAAUACUGGCUGAAGGCUCCAGAGGUCAGCUUGACUAGGACCUUGCAUCUGUACAAAGACCAUUUCUAAGACGUAUUUCACAGACUCCGAUAUACACAAAACUGUGAUGAUGUGUGCUUCUGUCCAUUUUGAUUGUGUACAGAUUUAAAUCUUAUUUAACAGUGGCAAGAACAAAAACAACAACCCAAAAAAAAAAAAAAGCCAUACAUUGUGCAGAUUCCAGUUUCAGUAAACUAUCUACAACUUGCGGACAACAUCCUUCAUUGGUUUUACCUUACAAUCAUCCACAUUCAUAAAUAAUCUAGAAUAAAGCUUCUCAGAUAAGAGAAGAGAUUAAAGAACACAAAAUAAAAAAUAGAGCUUAAAGCCGCUGAUGAUAUGCAAAUCCAAAUCAUACCAAUUGAGGUUUUCUUAUUAUCAAUCUUCACAAAAAAACAGAUAUUCAAAGAAAAAUUAUCUUCAUCUUUUUUUUUCUUAUACAUCACUGAAUAUGCAAAGCUCUGAUGAGACAGAAAAAAAAAUCUCAGUGUGCUGAUGUUUUGAUAAAAAUACCAGCAUUGAAAUUUGUCAGUAGAAAACAGAUUUAAUGACAAAGCUGUUGAUAAGGCUCCAAACCAACUCAGCCUGACAGAAAUGCCGGGGGGAGAAAUACAGGCACAGAUUAUCAUUAAGAUAACAAUGUAACAUCACAGAACACACUGAAGAAAAGGAUUUAAACUUGGUUUGACAGAGCUUUACACUGCACUGAAAAUAUGAAACCAAGGCAACAAGGUAAACUUCUUUGUAUAUUUUUUAUCACCCCCCCCCACCACC